UCUGAAGGGGACGUUCUCUUUAUGCUUGUCGCUUGGCUCGUGGCGAUAUGUACCUUUGUAUUGUUUCUUACUGGAGCAUUAACAUGUUGGAAGAUCAUGAAAACAAGAUCGACACAAGACUGUGCCUUCUUGCCAAUGUUAGCUGUUUACGUCAACACGCUCUCCUGGAUGUUUUACGGCAAGUUGACCAACGACCGCCUAAUGGUGGCUGUGUAUAUUUGGGGCCUGAUAUGCCAGAGUGUAUAUAUAACUGUAUAUUAUAUUUAUACACAUAGCACGGAUUUAGUGCAAAAACAAAUACUGUCUACAGUGAUAGUGUGUCUUCUAGCAUGGACAUACUACCGACACUACGCCAUUACUUUGAAGCUCCAAGUCUUCUACUCAGGUAGCGCCUGCGUGGCGACAAGCAUUUUAGCUGAUGCCUCGCCCUUCAUUUCCAUGAUGGAGGUGAUAACAAGUAAGAGCACGGCCUGUCUCUCCUCCUUCUCUCAGUCCUGCCUGAGUCUCUUGGUCUCUCUGGAGUGGCUGCUCUACGGGAUUCUGGCCGAGGAUAUGGCUCUACAGAUUACGUACCUAAUUGGUGUUAUUCUGAACGGUACCCUAGCCGGGCUUUACUUCAUUUAUCCCAAGGAAAAAGUUUCAACUGAGCAAGAACUUUAUCACAGAGACAACAGAGACAGCAACAGCAACACAUGA